AUGACUGCAGUUUCAAGGACUCUUAAACCCAAGGUCAAAUUAAAUAGAAGAAAGACAGUCGUAACGAGAACUGGUAAAACUAAAGUUGUAGGUCGUAAAUAUGCGAGCGCCCCUAAAGUACGCGAAAGUUUAAGACCGGGAGCAGUUUUGAUCUUACUGACAGGAAGUUACAAAGGAAAGCGUGUAGUUUUAUUGAAGGUCUUGAAAAGCGGACUUCUAUUGGUGACUGGACCAUUCUCGUUUAACGGUGUUCCUCUGAGGAGAGUUAAUUCUAGGUACGUGAUUGCAACAUCAACAAACGUGUAUGAGUUUGCCGAGUUUGAUGGUAGCUCACUGAAGUCCUCAGUUGAAAGAGCAGUUUCAGAUCUUACAGACGAAAGUUUCGGAAAGUCUAAGGAGACUAAGCUUGCAGAGUUCAAGGACCGCAAGAAGAAGAACAAGAAUAAGGACUCGAUGUUUGUUGACGAGCCUUCGGUUCCAGUAAAGUCCCCAGAACUUUUGAGUAAACUCAGGGCUCUCCAGAGCAAGGUUGACGACGUAUUGGUUCCUUCACUUAAAAAGUCAGAACUCUUGACAAAGUACCUAAAGUCAAGGUUUACUCUAAGGAACAACAUGUACCCACACCUACUCAAGUUUUAA